CUGGUCGCGGUCCAUGGGCCACAGAGCCCCAGAGGCCAGCUCUGCACAACGCUUACUUUGCAUAGUACUUCGCGGGAGAAAGCGAUACUAGCGCCUGGAUGUCCGGCCCCGCGACGUGGAGGGCAGCUUUCGCGCAUCAUUCUCGCCUCAGGUUCGCAGCCCUGCUCCCACGCCACAGCGCAUCAACCUCAGCGACCGCAGCCCUCUUCUCCGCCCCGCGAGCUUUCGCCCGCGCAGCGCCCUUUUCAAGCAACAGACCCACCACCAGCGGCUGCCCUGCUACAUCACCCCGGUCAUCGUCACGCGGCGCCGCAACCAGCACAACCGCCGCCCCCGCGAACAUCCCCAGCAGCCCCAUGGUCGCCGCCACGCUGGGCUCGGCGGGGGUGAUGGAGGUGGUGCGUGUGCCCUGCCUGUCGGACAACUACGUGUGGCUGCUGCACGAGGCGGCGCCGGCGGGCGGCAGUGGUGGCGGCCGUACGGCGGUGGUGGACCCGGCGGAGGAGGCGCCCGUGGUGGAGGCGCUAGCGGCCCGCGGCUGGUCGCUUGACGCGGUGCUCAACACGCACCACCACGGCGACCACACAGGGGCCAACCUGGCACUCAAGCGGCGCUUCCCCGGCCUGGUGAUUGUGGGGCCCCGCGCCGACAAGGACCGCAUCCCAGGCAUCGACGUGCAGGUGGGCACGGGCGACACGUGGCACCUGGGGGGCCUGGAGGUGCGUGUGUUUGACACGCCCGGCCACACGCGCGGACACAUCACCUACUGGGUGCCGCAGGCGGCAUCCCUGUUCCCAGGUGACACGCUGUUUGCACUGGGCUGCGGGCGGCUGUUCGAGGGCAGCCCGCAGCAGAUGUGGACCUCGCUGAGCCAGCUGGCGCCGCUGCCGGACGACACGCUGGUCUACUGCGCGCACGAGUACACGCAGUCCAAUGCCAGGUUCGCGGUGACGGUGGACCCGGGCAAUGCGGCCCUGGCGCAGCGCAAGGCGGCCAUUGACGCGGCGCGGGCGCGGGGCGAGCCCACGGUGCCCAGCCGCCUGGGUGAGGAGAAGGCCACCAACCCCUUCCUGCGCCCGCACGACCCCGCCAUACGGCAGCAGCUGGGCUUUGACGCCGCCGCCCCCGACUGGCAGGUGUUCGGCGCCAUACGUGCAGCCAAGGACCGCUUCUGAGCCCGCAGUAACAACGGGCGGAGACGGUAGUAACGGUAACGAUAACGACACAGUGCCGGGCGGCAUGCGUUGCUCGGUUGCCACGGCGUACGGCAUAUGCAGUAAGCCCGCGAGUGUGCAUUCCAGGUGUUGUAGAAAGCAUGAGGGAAGGGAGCGCGGCACGGAAAGUGCCCGCUCGCUGUAUACGGUAGGCGUGCUGUGUGCUUCAGGAGUCAGGUUGGGGAGUCGAGUCAGGUGGAGGAGUUGUCCGCGUGGGUUGUCCACGACAUGUGGACUCGCACUUCGCGCUACGGGCUGGUUUUCUCCUGUGCUGCCUGUGCAUCGUGCACAUCGUACGCAUUCGGUCCCUCGAGCAUCUUUGACAACGUCGUCUCCAUGUCACGCAUUGGUGUGCAUAAUAUCGGCUCUUAAGUUCCUACAUGCGUCACGCGGCGAGAGAGGGAGCGUCCGAGAGAGAAAGAGAGAGGUACUGGAUGGCGCAAGCACACCCCGAAGGAUCCGAAGAAUGAUGUGUAUGGCGGUGGUGCGUUCGAAUGGGCUACACGGCACUGACGCCAGUGUCCUAGAUCCCUUGUUGCCAUUGCAACGACGAUCAUUUUUAAUUACAUUUUCGUGUGACUGCGGGGUAAAAAACGUUCGGCCUCAGACUGUGGUGGUGACCGGGGAACACUUGUCGACUGUGACACUGGAC